AUGGGAGGGGGGCCUGGUGUGGCGCAUCUGAUGCAUUCUGCAUACUACGUUGGACGUCCGGCUGCCUCGCCCGUUCGGCUGCUCCGCACCUUGAUCUGUUCGGCAGUUACCGAUCCGACUGGCGGGCCAUUGGGGGUGCCAGAGCCCUUGGCCACGCCGGCAGCCUUGGUGAGCAGCGUCGAGGCGGGGGGGGUCUUCAACACAAAGGUGAAGGUCUUGUCCUGCGCAGGUGUUAGGUUGAGGGAUUCAGGAGUCGGCGAUGGGUCCUGA